AUGUACCCAGUAGGUCCCUCAGGUUCUCUGGCCCCCUCAGGGCCUCUGGACCCCUCAGGUUAUCUGGCCCCCUCAGGUUAUCUGGCCCCCUCAGGUUAUCUGGCCCCCUCAGGGCCUCUGGCCCCCUCAGGUUAUCUGGCCCCCUCAGGUUAUCUGGCCCCCUCAGGUUAUCUGGCCCCCUCAGGUUCUCUGGCCCCCUCAGGGCCUCUGGCCCCCUCAGGUUAUCUGGCCCCCUCAGGUUCUCUGGCCCCCUCAGGGUCUCUGGCCCCCUCAGGGCCUCUGGCCCCCUCAGGUUCUCUGGCCCCCUCAGGUUAUCUUGCCCCAUCAGGUUAUCUGGCCCCUCAGGGCCUCUGGCCCCCUCAGGGUCUCUGGCCCCCUCAGGUUAUCUGGCCCCCUCAGGUUAUCUGGCCCCCUCAGGUUAUCUGGCCCCCUCAGGGCCUCUGGCCCCCUCAGGUUAUCUGGCCCCCUCAGGUUCUCUGGCCCCAUCAGGUUAUCUGGCCCCUCAGGGCCUCUGGCCCCCUCAGGUUCUCUGCCCCCCUCAGGGACUCUGGCUCCCUCAGGUUCUCUGCCCCCCCAGGUUCUCUGCCCCCUCAGGUUCUCUGCCCCUCAGGACUCUGCCCCCCCUCAGGGACUCUGCCCCCUCAGGUUCUCUGCCCCCCCUCAGGGACUCUGCCCCCUCAGGGACUCUGCCCCCUCAGGUUCUCUGGCUCCCUCAGGGACUCUGCCCCCUCAGGUUCUCUGGUUCCCUCAGGGACUCUGGCUCCCUCAGGUUCUCUGGCCCCCAGGUUCUCUGGCCCCCUCAGGUUCUCUGCCCCCUCAGGUUCUCUGCCCCCUCAGGUUCUCUGCCCCCUCAGGUUCUCUGGCCCCUCCCAGGUUUAUCUGGCCCCCUCAGGUUAUCUGGCCCCCUCAGGGCCUCUGGCCCCCUCAGGUUAUCUGGCCCCUCAGGUUCUCUGGCCCCAUCAGGUUAUCUGGCCCCUCAGGGCCUCUCUGGCCUCAGGUUAUCUGGCCCCCUCAGGUUAUCUGGCCCCCUCAGAUUCUCUGGCCCCCUCAGGUUCUCUGGCCCCCUCAGGGCCUCUGGCCCCUCUCAGGUUAUCUGGCCCCCUCAAGUUCUCUGGCCCCCUCAGGUUCUCAGGCCCCUCAGGGUCUCUGGCCCCCUCAGGUUCUCUGGCCCCCUCAGGGUCUCUGGCCCCCUCAGGGCCUCUGGCCCCCUCAGGUUCUCUGGCCCCCUCAGGUUAUCUGGCCCCAUCAGGUUAUCACCCCUCAGGCCUCUGGCCCCCUCAGGGUCUCUGGCCCCUCAGGUUCUCUGGCCCCCUCAGGUCUCUGGCCCCCUCAGGGCCUCUGGCCCCCUCAGGUUCUCUGGCCCCUCAGGUUCUCUGGCCCCUCAGGUUAUCUGGCCCCAUCAGGUUAUCUGGCCCCUCAGGGCCUCUGGCCCCCUCAGGUUCUCUGGCCCCCUCAGGGCCUCUGGCCCCCUCAGGUUCUCUGGCCCCCUCAGGUUCUCUGGCCCCCUCAGGUUCUCUGCCCCCUCAGGUUCUCUGCCCCCCUCAGGGACUCUGGCUCCCUCAGGUUCUCUGCCCCCCCCCCCAGGUUCUCUGCCCCCUCAGGUUCUCUGCCCCCUCAGGGACUCUGCCCCCUCAGGGACUCUGCCCCCUCAGGUUCUCUGCCCCCCUCAGGGACUCUGCCCCCUCAGGGACUCUGCCCCCCCUCAGGUUCUCUGGCUCCCUCAGGGACUCUGCCCCCUCAGGUUCUCUGGUUCCCUCAGGGACUCUGGCUCCCUCAGGUUCUCUGGCCCCCAGGUUCUCUGGCCCCCUCAGGUUCUCUGCCCCCUCAGGUUCUCUGCCCCCCCUCAGGUUCUCUGCCCCCUCAGGUUCUCUGCCCACCUCAGGGUCUCUGGCCCCCUCAGGUUCUCUGGCCCCCUCAGGUUCUCUGGCCACCUCAGGGUCUCUGGCCCCCUCAGGUUCUCUGGCCCCCUCAGGUUCUCUGCCAGGCUGUUCCAGAGGCAGGGGCAUAACAACUAAAGGCUUUCUCUCCAUUCCUCUUGGUCCUAGUUAUCAGAUGCACCAGUGGUGGUUUGCUGUUCAGAGAGGGUAA